AUGAAAUUGCUCUUGGUUUUUGUUUUCAUAACAAGAGAGCUGGGAAUGGAGUUGAGGAGAUGGUGGCUCUCCUCACAGUUAUGUAGUUCCAUUAUGGUAUGCUACUGUAUGCAUAUGACUGUGUGCACCCUGCUUCUUAAAAGCAGGGAAAAUCCCAUUCCUAAAUUGCUUAACCAAACUAAAAUUCCAGGGAAGCAGGGUACUUGGUUUGAGCACUUUGACUUCCUCACAAAGAAACAGUUUCAAGUGCAGCCCUUUGUAGUGUGCUGGGGCAAGGAUAAAACUAUUGCCAAGAAGCGUAGGGGAAUUGUGGAUACCUUUUGUGGACUUUUUUUUAAAAAAAAUUAUAGUCUAAUGAAAUUGCAAGCGGGAUUUGCAAUAAAAGCUGCAGAAGAAAAAUGA